GCGCGGAGAAUGGAACGAUCCGACGGUUGCUAGACAACUCGUACCGACUAGUCGCCAGUUGCCGAAGCGAUGAGUGGAGGAGCCACGACGGGAACCGACAACUUAGCCUUUAUUGCACGUUCAGGUGUGUUUGGUUAGACAAAUGGAAAGGUGACACAAGAAAAAAGAUGUCUCCUCAUGCCAUCUUUAUUUUAGCACUGUUAACAUGUAGCGUCACCGGACAGGAUUUAUUAAAAAGUGCACAAACUUCGAAAACACCAGAAGAAUUACGUAAGAAACUACGAAUGUCAAGCAAAUCCUUCAUAUCAGAGAUAAGAGAAGGCGAAACUGUUGAACCGUCAGAGGAUUUCGAAGACAAUGCAGUUGUUAUAACCCCAAUUCCAGGCGAUUCAGAGAAAGCAACCUUUGGAAGCAGUGGAGAGUUGGACUCUACGGCUCAACUACAGAUGAUUCGAUCCUUGAUCAACGUUACCAAGGAAACUGGCGAGAGCAUCAAGAUGAGGUGCGAAAUACGUUCGAGCGUGGAGCCUCAUAUAGUCUGGUACAAAAACGAGGCACCUCUAGAGGCCGAGAAGGGAAAAUUGGAAGUUAGAAAGUACUCUUCAGAAUCCGGUCAUUACGGGUCACGUUUGAGGAUAGUGGACCUCGAUACACACGACACUGGCUAUUACAAAUGUGAGGCUUCCAUUGAUCAACACAGAGUGGAGAGUUCUGGAAUUUUAAUCGUGAAAGCCGGUCGAGUGAAACCUGCUGCUACAAUCCCCAACUUUGCUCCAGUGUUCCCUCAUUUUCCUGCCUUGGGUGGAAACUUACCAGAAGUGAAAGAGAAUGGCGUGGAAGGAUUUUGUCAGCUCUAUCGAGGUGUGACUUGCUCUCAAUUUAUAGGUAACAAAACUGUUUAUGUCAAUUCGCUCUAUAGUCUGAGCAAGAUGGAAGAGAAGCUGACUGCGGCGUUUACGGUCAUUGCUACCUCGCAUGAUGUGUCCGACGAAUGUAAUAAAUAUGCCAUCCCUUCUCUGUGUUUCUUUGCCUUUCCUCUGUGUGAUGAAAAUGUUCAGCACCCCAUGCCUAGACAAGUCUGUAGAGAUGAGUGCGAAGUAUUAGAAAGUAUCAUCUGCAGAAUGGAAUAUUCCAUUGCAAAGAGGCACCCACUGCUCGGCCAGAAGAAAAUUUUGCCAGUCUGCGAAGAGCUGGCGCCGGUUGGAUCAAAGGAGAGUGAAAAAUGUAUGCGUUUGGGUGUUCCUAGUGCAAUACAAGUAAAUCGAGAACAUACCUGUUAUGAAGGAAAUGGAGAGCAUUAUCGAGGAACUAUGUCUCAGACCGCUUCGGGUCUUAAGUGCCAGCACUGGAGUCAUCAGAUUUUCUUCCGCACCGCCGAUUAUCCAGAACUAGUAGGCGGUCAUAAUUACUGUCGUAAUCCUGGCGGAAUGGAGUCGCAGCCCUGGUGUUUUACUACCGACCCCGAAAUUAGAAAAGAGAUCUGCAAUAUUCCCCAAUGUGUUGAUUAUUUAUGGCUGUACAUCCUGCUUCCAAGUAUCGCAUCGGUGGCGUUUAUCGGAUUGGUCCUGGGAUUGUGGUGCGUUCGUCAGAGAAACAAGCCGUCUCCCCCUCCAGCUAAAAGUGCCAAAUUACCAUCUCGACCACUGAGCCAACAGGGACAACACCAACAGAUGGAAAUGAAAGCUUUAAUACCACGCACACAAUUGAGAGUACCAGAAAUUCCCUUAACAUCUGUAAGAUUUCUACAAGAAUUAGGUGAGGGUGCUUUUGGUAAAGUCUACUGUGGUGAGUUACUGGGUGCUCAUGGUAAUGGUAGCAUCACACCUGUAGCCAUUAAGACACUCAAGGAAAAUGCUACUUUGAAGACGCAACAAGAUUUUCAACGUGAAGCAGAAUUAAUGUCUGAUUUACAGCAUCCAAAUAUUGUUUGCCUAUUAGGUGUGUGUACUAAAGAAGAACCCAUGUGCAUGCUAUUUGAAUACAUGUCUCAAGGAGAUCUUCAUGAAUAUUUAAUAAUGCAUUCUCCACGAUCUGAUGUUUCUGCCAGUAGUGAAGACGGAACACCACAGAUCUUGGAUUUGCCAGAUUUUCUGCAUAUUGCUAAACAGAUUGCUGCUGGUAUGGAGUAUUUAGCAAGUCAUCAUUAUGUACACAGAGAUCUUGCAGCACGAAAUUGUUUAGUAGGAGAUAUCUUAACAGUCAAAAUAUCAGAUUUUGGACUUUCUCGUGAUAUCUAUUCUUCCGACUACUACAGAGUUCAGUCUAAGUCACUUCUUCCCGUUCGCUGGAUGCCGCCAGAAUCAAUCUUGUAUGGGAAAUUUACAACCGAAAGUGAUGUGUGGUCAUUUGGAGUCGUUCUUUGGGAAAUAUUUAGUUAUGGACUACAGCCAUAUUAUGGCUACAAUAAUCAGGAAGUAAUUGACAUGAUACGUUCACGUCAACUACUGCCUUGUCCCGAUGACUGUCCAGCACAUAUUUAUGCAAUGAUGGUGGAAUGCUGGCAUGAGAUACCUUCUCGCAGGCCAAGUUUCAAAGAGUUGCAUGCCCGACUGUGUUCAUGGCAGGCAAUGCAUGUGAGAACCCUUAGCCUGAGCCAGUCGGUCAGUACUCAUAAUGGCAGCCAGCAUAGUAGCACAGGUCCUAGUAACAAUACUGGAUCUACCAAUUUGAGUACUGCCACACCCACAGUUCUGCCUCUGGCAGCAUUCCAGCAAUCAUCGAUUGGUGCUUCGCCUAGUCAGUUCAAGAUGAAUCAUAAUGUGGGAACAAACAUUCCUACCGGAGAUCAGUUAACAUUAAUAACUGGCAACAGACCUGGUACGCCCGUAGUGAGACAGGUCCAAUCAUCGUUAAUCCCACCAUAUCACAUAACAGAUGGUAAGAUUUCAAAAGUAUGAAAGAAAUGAAUGUUUAAACGUAAAUGAAGUUGCACAAAAUCCUGUGAAACUGUUUUCAGUUAAUUUCUUUGCAAUCACCGAUGAUCCCUGCACAAAUCACACCUUUCCUUUUUACCAGUGUGUGUCUGACAAUUAAUCGAAUGUAUAUAAUGACCGUCAUGGACCAUAUCAUGCGGCGUGCCGCUGCUUCGACUCGGAUCAUAAUGAGAAUAACUCGGUUCAUUUCGUUCUUAGCCCGAGUACUAUUUUAUUGAAAGGUUUCUGGUUUUAUUGUUUGCAAAAUGUACAGCUCAACCUCUGUGCCUUUAGUUUACGGAAACUUUUUUCUCCAGAAAUAGCAUUCUAGAUCACUUUUAAUCCAUUUUAAAUUUAGAUAUGGUUCAGCUGUAUACAUAAGAAUGACGACAAUAAAAAUAUUAACACUAAAAAAAACAACAAACCUAAGAUCAAAACAAAAAAAAAAAGAAACCAAAAUAUUUUAUAUCAGUGUUCUCAUAUUGUGUUGAUUGUAACAUUUUCCAUUUUUAUAUAUCAUUGUGUUGUUAUUGAUUGCUUGUGGUAAACUGUAAAUUUUUUUCCGGUUGGACUGCCAAUUUUUGUAAAGUGUAUUGUCACAUUGUUCGCAGCCAUUGUGGCUAGUCAUGUUUUAUGCUGUCAGACCAAAGGUGUGGUUAAUUUUGGUGCGGUAUCUACUAUAGAUUGUGUAUGUUAAUUUUUGCUUGUGGAAUAAAUAAUUCAUCAUG